AUGGCGAGCGCAGGACUGAAGCGUAAAGCUUGCUCCUUUGCCGCUCUCACCGCCCGCAAGCGCCCAGAGGCCGCCGGGGAGCCUUCCCAGGCGACCGACUGGUCCUCCCUCCCUCCGGACAUCACCCGCAUCAUCGCCGAGCAACUGCUGGCGGAGGACGUGACGGAUUACAUGUGCUUCCGCGCUGUGUGCUCGCACUGGCGUGCCUUCACCACCAGCCCCUGCGAUCUCACGCUGCAGGAAACCCGCUUCCGUCCUCGCGGCUGGGUCGCCCUCUGUGACGGCGAUGGCGUACGCCCAGCUGAUGCCUGCGAGAUCACCCUCUUCCACACGUCCACCAGCAGGCGCCUCCAUGUCCGUCUGUCCGAGCUCCAGAACCACCGGAUCGUCGGCUUCACUGAUGGCCUCCUCAUCCUGCUCAACAAGGGCACCACCGCUGUCCGUGUCCUGCAUCCAUUCACCCGUGUCUUCAUUGACCUCCCUCCCCUUGCGCCCAUCUUCCACCAUUUGGUUUGGAUGAAAGCCGCAGUCUGCCGGUCCCAUGCCUCGAUUGCUGUCGUUGCCUGGUUCUCGGUUGUGCCAGUGGUGGUCUACGCUGAACCUGGGAAGCCACAUUGGUCUGUCAUACACCAAGGUCUUGAGCUUUGGACUGCCUUACCAUUCCGAGGCAGACUGUUUGGCAUCAGAAAGGGGACAGGGGAGAUUGUGCAGGUGUACCCUCUAUUCCCACAGCACCCAGUGGUUGCUCGUAUUCCCAGCUUGUUUGGUUGCCCUGCAUUUUGUUACUACUACCUUGUGGAAUUCAGAGAAUACAUGCUCCUUGCUGUCCAGCAUCGUCGUGUUAGCCAGAGCAAGAAGGGGUGGCAGCCAUUCGCCUUUGCCCUCUUCCUGGUGAAUAUAAACCAAAGAGGACUGGUUCUGUUGAGUAGCCUAGGUGACCGGGCGCUCUUCCUUAGCAAAGACCGAUGCCUAUGUGUCUCCGCCACGAAACUCCCUUCUAUCAGCAGCAAUUCCAUCUACUUCUCGCUGCCCAACUUCGACCCUGGUGUAGUGUAUUCUCUAAGCAGCGGGACAUUCGAGCGGACAUCAACGUAUGCCCUCAUACAUGACCUGAAGGAGAGGGUUCGGCCCUCUGUGCGGCCCUUCACCCUGGCCGAUCAUCUGACGACAUAUUGCCACCAUUUUGAGUGGUCAAAGGGACUUAUGUUUCAUGAGUACUAUGUUAUACCUUCGUCUUGGAAGGAAAUGUUGAGAAAAAUUACGUUACAGGACUGUGAAAUUCAAGUUUCAUGUGUGUGUGAAGAGAACGAAGUGGGAAGUUUGACGUCAAAGAAAAAGAACCUGGGAAUAACAGGUACAUAUUACUUAGUCUGUUGCUCAUUUAAAUAUCUGCCCAUGCCCUUAUCUUUCUAUUGUUAUUCCUUCCACGCCGGUUUGCUGAAAAUUAGAUAG